AUGGUGUUUCGAACUGUAGCGACACGAUCCCCACUCGCUCCUGCAUGCCAUGUGGCGCGUGCCUACGUAAAACCAAAGACUCAGCUCAACGUGCGAGCGAUGUCGAUGCGCGCGCGACCGUCGACGCCACGUCGUGUCGUAUCUGGCCUCGUUACUGUGACUGCCAUUGUGGCUGGUGCUGCAUUUGGCGUGUACUGCUUGGACUCGCGUGCGGGAGUGCAUCGCUGGCUAUUUCCUCCGAUGAUGGAACUGCUAACGGAUCCUGAGUCGGGUUCGAAGAUUUCAAUCAAGCUCCUCGAGCACGGACUCGCGCCACGAGACUGUGGCAAGGAUGACGAAGUCCUGCGUACCGAGCUAUUUGGAAAGACCCUUACGAAUCCUAUAGGACUUGCGGCCGGAUUCGACAAGCAGGGAGAAGCCAUCGACGGUCUUUUUGACCUUGGCUUCGGUCUCGUUGAGAUCGGUAGCAUUACCCCAGAGCCGCAGCCGGGCAAUCCAACUCCACGCAUGUUCCGCCUGCCAUUAGAUGCAGCUGUGAUCAAUCGUAUGGGCUUCAACUCCGAGGGUCACGAAGCCGUGCGGGAGAGAUUGCAUGCGCGCUUGCACAAAUGGGUGCAGCGUGUUUUGUCCGCUGGCGAGGGCUUGGUCUCUUCUGUCGGUGCGCCAGCGCCGGAGCCAACGGCACUCGCAGAGGCACAGGUAUUUGCCAAUUACCCUGUAAUCAAUACAUCCCUGCUGGACGACGCACACGUGCCGCGCAGUCUAAAGCAAGACCGCCUGCUGAGCAUCAACCUAGGAAAAAACAAGUCUUCGCGCGAGGAUUCGGUCGUCGACUAUGUCAAGGGCGUACAAGCUCUGGGCGCGUAUGCCGAUAUGCUUGUGAUCAACGUGAGCAGUCCAAACACACCGGGUCUCCGUCGUCUGCAGCGUCGAAGUGUGCUGGAGGGCGUGUUGCGUGACGUCGUGACGGCUCGUGAUGAUGUCGCGAAGCAACGUAUAGAUUCGCUACCCCUCGUCGUGAAAGUGGCGCCCGACCUCAGCGAUGCCGAGCUUGAGGAUGUGGCUGACGCUGCACGUGCAAGCAAGAUCGACGGCAUUAUCGUGAGCAAUACAACGGUCUCUCGGCCCGCUGGUCUUCUUUCGACUCAGCACGUGCAUGAGGCGGGUGGACUCUCAGGUCCACCUGUCAAGCCACUUGCUCUUCAUGCUCUCCAGGUCAUUUACAAACGCAGUGAAGGCAAGAUCCCUUUGAUUGGCUGCGGCGGCAUCAUGACAGCCGAGGAUGCUUUGGAGUUUGCUCGUGCUGGUGCAAGCGCUGUGCAGCUAUACACUGCGCUGGCGUACCGGGGACCAGGUCUUCCACGCCGCAUUAAGGACGACCUUGCUGCGCGUCUGCGUGCCGAAGGGAAAACGUGGAAGGACAUAGUCGGCUCAGGUCUUCGCGACGUGCCGUCGUACGCGCCGGAUGCUGUGAAUCAAGUUGGUCUGUACCCCGGAGCCCAAGAUGCUUUCGACCGCAGUGUCGCAAGUGUGCGACAUGAGAUUGAGCAGCUGCGUGAGUCGUUUGAGGGCCAUGCAUCCGAAGAGCGGCGCGCUUUGCCUUUUGACAUCGAUGAGCACGAUGACCGUUUCAAGGAGCUCCUGAGAGAGGCACAUCGUGUGACGGAUGACGUGCCCCACUUCAACGACGCAUCGUCACCACAAGCAGGCGUGCUUCCUCAACGUACUUCAUCUGUUCCCGAGCACUUGCUUUUGAUGGCGAAAGAGCGCGGUCUCACGCAGGGCGAAGUGCUUCAUGAAGCCGUGCAUGACGCUGCAGCUGUGCCCCAGGCCCCUGCACCGGCGCUAGCUGCGUCGCACUCAGCGGACGCGACACCUAUGUCCACGGACAAGGCUGCACCAGACCACACAACACUCGGUGGUCUUAAGGGCCAUGAAGCAAAGAGUGUGCCAGAAGCAUAUAGGGCUCCUUCGACAGCCGAAAAGCGUGUAGUUUGA